AAAAAAAAGGGAAAAAACGGAGUCUUGUGAGUUGUGUGAUAUUGGUGGUGUUAGAGUAGCGUCGUCUCGUCGUCCUUAGCCAGAUCUGUGUGCUGCGUCGUCGAGGUCUCUCAUUUGGGUCAGCAACAAGACGAAGAAGAAGACGAAGAAGCUAUUCCUAUACUCACACCAUACGUUUCAAGAAUCACGAUGGAUGGAAGCGGUGGUGACAGUGGUUCGUUGGCUACACCUGUGCAAAAGAAGGCACAUGAAGCAUGGAGGGUUUACCAAUAUUAUCUGGACAAGACUACACCUCAUUCAACUUACAGGUGGAUGGGAACACUUGUUGUCUUUCUUAUCUACUGUUUGAGGGUUUUCUCUAUUCAGGGCUUCUACAUCAUCUCCUAUGGUCUCGGAAUCUACCUCCUGAAUCUGCUUAUCGGAUUCUUGUCGCCUCUUGUUGACCCUGAGCUCGAGGUCUCUGAUGGAGCUACUCUGCCUACUCGAGGUUCUGAUGAGUUCAAGCCAUUUAUCCGCCGUCUGCCUGAGUUCAAAUUCUGGUACUCCAUGACUAAGGCAUUCUGCAUAGCCUUUCUCAUGACGUUCUUCUCGGUCUUUGACGUUCCCGUCUUCUGGCCCAUAUUACUUUGCUACUGGGUUGUUCUCUUUGUCCUCACCAUGAGACGCCAGAUCGCCCACAUGAUUAAGCACAAGUACAUUCCUUUCAGCAUCGGAGAACAGAAAUAUAGCGGGCGGAGAUCUUCUGCGAGCGGCGGUGGCGGCUCUCGUGCCGAUUGAUUUAGACUGUCAGCCACAUUCUCAGCAGAAGGGGGAAAAAGAGAUGGGUAUUAAACCAUUUUGGAAUGUUUUGUAGUGAUGAUUUUAAUCAAAUUGCCAGUAUGGUUAAGCAGAGCUACGUGGAAGAAGGAAACAAAAAAAAACAAAGAAAGGGUGAUUAGUUUUUAAUAUGUUGCAGGAACAUUUGUUCUUUUUGUUAGUUCCCUUUAAUCCCAAAGUACCUCUUCUGUAUAUAUGAUUCGUUCUUUUUUUUUUUCUUCUCUUUUUAAAAAACCUUUUAUUUGUGUCUCUGUCUAUUUGAUAAUCUCUUGAAUUUAGUCAUUUACAAUGAAUUUA